GUUUCUCUGUAGGUCAGAGAAAAGCUCAUGCGCUCUGAAUAGCACCAUCAGCCAGCGCGCAGCCAAGGAAACCCGCAAACACUCCGGACUCACAUCCCCCUGCUCAGGAGGGACACACACACACACACACAGAGAGAGAGAGAGAGAGAGAGAGAGAAGCAGCCGCGAACAAAAGAGCUCUGGCUUUGGGCUCAGCACUCAGAGGUUAUAUAGCCAGUGCAGAGAAAGGCGCAACAGGGUGGAGUGGCACCUCCAGCAUCACUGUUUUUUAAGCACAAACUCUCUCUCUGAUAAGCAGCAAACACCACAACAGAGCAACACGUGCACCAAGAUGUGGAUCCUGUGGACUAUCCUUGUGUUAGGUUCUCUCCAAGGUGCAUAUGCUGAAGACACCGCUAAUACCAGUACCACAGUGGCUAGCACAGUGGCUAGCACAGCUCAAAGCCAAUUCACUUCAAAACCUAUUAGCAGCAUCCCAGAUACAACAGCAUUAUACACUGCAAAUACGUCACUAACUGAACUACCAACAAAUUCAACAGCAGUAACACCAACAAACCAAAUUCUUUCUACUGGAAGCAGUGCUACAGGACCAACAUCUAGUCAACACAUUGCCACUGAGACAACCUCUGCCCAACCUCCUAGAAUCACCACCAUCUCACCAUUAGAUAAACAAAGUACAUAUACUACCAGUAUUUUAAAUGCUACAUACAGCAGUAUCCUGACAUCACCUAAUACCAGAGGUUCAGAUAUGGUUUCUGAUCAGAACAAUUUAAACGGGCCUGCCAGAGAUUUCAUCACCACUGAAGCUGCUCGGGAAAAUUCCAACACCGGUACCACUGCUCGGGAAAAUCUCACCACCAGUUCCACUGCUCCAGGAAGUAAAGCCACCAGUAUCACUGCUCCAGGAAGUAAAGCCACCAGUACCACUGCUCCAGGAAGUAAAGCCACCAGUACCACUGCUCCGGGAAGUAAAGCCACCAGUUCCACUGCUCCGGGAAGUCAAGCCACCAGUUCCACUGCUCCGGGAAGUCAAGCCACCAGUUCCACUGCUCCGGGAAGUCAAGCUAUCAGUACCACUGCUCCGGGAAGUCAAGCCAUCAGUACCACUGCUCCGGGAAGUCAAGCCACCAGUACCACUGCUUCAAGAAUUGAACAAAGCCUUACCAAUGCUUCAGAAGCCCAGGAAACCACUUCCACCACCUCUACAAUAACUUCUACAACAGGAGGAUCCUCCCACCACUAUACUUCGAAAACAUCCCAUACGACAACUCCAGUAAAAACAAGAACAACAACUGCCCGCAAACCAACAACAUUCACUAAGUUCGUAGCUGCAAACACGGCUGGGGACAAAUUGGAGAGAGACUGUGCAAAGCUCAUAAAGAUAAUCAACGCACCUGGUAACUGCAACAUGUCUGGACAUGAGACAAAUGGUGUUUAUAAGUACAACUCUAUACAACUGAUCUUACUUGAACCAUCAGAGGAAACUAAUAAUUCUAUGGAGUCCACGCCUAAAGAAAAGCAGCCUGAAGAUAUCCAAACGACAUUGAUCGCCAUUGUGGCUUCGUGUGGUGCGCUGGCACUCAUCCUUCUUGCGUUUGCUGUGUAUUGCAGCUACCAUCGCAUAUCCUACAGGAAGAACCAGCAACACCUGACUGAAGAGCUGCAGACGAUCGAGAACGGCUACCACGACAACCCCACGCUGGAGGUGAUGGAGGUGCAGCCGGAGAUGCAGGAGAAGAAGCUGGCGCUGAAUGGAGAGUUUAAUGACAGCUGGAUUGUGCCCUUUGACAACCUCGCCAAAGACGACAUACCUGAUGAAGAGGACACACACCUGUAAAGCGUGCAAGCCCAUCAGCUCUCCACUCAUGUAUCUUACAAAACAGACUGUCAUUAGCAAUCACCGUGUGCACGCCACAGACUGUGUAAAGAUUACAAAUGGCUAAAUAGGAAAUGGACUACAGGGUUCCCUUUUAUUUUCUAUUAAACCUGCAUUGUUGCUAAAAGGGCACAAGCUGUAGUGAGAAAUAUUUAAGAAAACACUAAAUGAAACUCAAUGGGACAUGUUCAAAGAUAAACCUGGGCUGUUUAUGGGCCAUAGUGGUGUUUUUGGUUUUGGUGUAAUUUCAAAAAUCGCGUUAAGUCCACGAGAUUUUACUUUUAGUUUUAAGAUUUUCCCACAUAUUUUUUCAUCCACAAAUAAACUUAUUUUUCACUUAUAAUACUUAAGAGAAAUGUACACUGCUGCACCUGUAUAUAGUGUGUUGUUUCAUUUGUUUUAAUAUGUUCGUAGCAUGUUUAGUUUAUUGCCCAAGUAUUAAUUUUUACAAUGAGACCAAGGGAUAACUGUUGUUCAUCCUGGUUUUAGACUGCACACACCCUGUUAAUGAUUUAACAUGCAAUGGCUUGCGUCCAAGAUUUAUCUUGUAAUGAAAUUCUGAGCUGAAUUUUUCAACUAUCAGUCAAUUUCAACUUUGGAUAACAGAUCACUACAUUACCCACAAUGCUCGCUGACCUCUGAUCUAAAGAGAGCGAUGCAGCAGCGCUUUAGCCCUGUCCAGCUCUCUCUCACCUCCUCAUCUGUACACUCUGCACAAACAGAGCAGCUUCCAGAACUUCAACUUUCAUGGGAAUAAUGUCGUCAGCAUCAUCAAAUCGUCAUCACGUGGGUUGAGCACUACCUUCUCAUGGGAAUAACGAAAAUACAGCAGCAAACAACAAAUUAGCACCGGAAUCACUACAUGCAGCAAAAAUAUUUCAAUUUGAACAUACCUAAUGUGUUUCAGGGCAGUUUUCCUUAAUGACCAAAGCACUUCCUAUAAGCAAACAAUAGUUUUUUUCACCUUAAACACAUACUGUUAGAUAUAGUAUCCAAAUUCCUUUUCAAAUGUCCAAGUCCUUACAGGGCAAGAGAUGUAGACUUGUACAGUUUAUUUGCUUGAAAUUUUCCCCUUUCAGUUUUUGUCUCAUGAGCAAGAUACAAAGCUGACUUAUUGAAAGGUUGGCGUUAAUUCAAAUUCAUCAUCAAAUCCUCCCAAAGUUAAUUCAUGUACUAAAUGUUAUGUCAAAUCCUCCCACAACUCAGUUUUAGUUAAAGGCUCCAAUUCCUUUUUAUUUUUCCACAUACUUCUACUUAAAAUAUUUAUAUGAUGUCUAACUGUCUGAUGUGAUUUAGGUCUUUCCAUUAUAUUAUUUUGUAUGUAUUUUAUAUUCUGUGUUAGAACUUUGCCUUUAGGGAAGGCAAAAAACAGGAGUCUGAUACACUGGAAAAACAGUCAAUGCUGUUGCAUUGUCUUUUUACCUUUUCAUUUUUGUGACGAAGGAAUAAAACAUGUUCAUAGAGAAUAAAGGUGUUAUUUCACAAAUA